ACGUGCUACCUUACUGACCGCUUCCCAACAUCUCGACAAUCUCCUAACAACUGGGGUCGUUGAGAUAUCCAUUUUUCAUUCAUCUCCACUGCAUUCACCUCGUUGAUCGAGGUAAACAUUCUAAUUGUAGCCCCGUGCUGGGCUUCGUUUGAGUUCAAUCUCCUCGGAUCACUUAGCGGCUGGCUGCUAUCAUGACCAGAGGAAUGCCACGAAGUCAGCCUUUGCGGCUAGGAAAAUGGGACGCAUCGGAUGACGUACCUGCGCUAGCCGAUGGCGAGAAAUCACCGUUAGUCAAUAACGCAGACAUGGGCAUCAACGACGGAGAGCCAUGGAGCCCAACUAUAGUCUCACGUUCCAGAGUGCACAGGAGAUGGUCUAAGCUCCUUUGGUUUACAAAGUGGGCAACAGUGAUUGCCAUCAUUGGAUACCUUUCGGUCAAGAACUCUGUGUUGUCGGGAAUAAUACAGAACAGUGGUCUACAGGCCAAUGCUCCGUCUGUAUGCGAUGCUGCAGAAUGCGUGCACGCCGCAUCCGAAAUCCUAUAUAACCUCCAUCCAAAUUAUAAGAACAUUGAUCCAUGUGAGGAUUUUGAGCAAUAUGUCUGUGGAGGAUGGCAAGAGAGUCACGACAUGCGUUCUGAUCAGGGAUCCCUAUUUGCCGGGACCAUAAUGGCUGAAAAUGCCCAGAGCCGUGUUCGCCACAUCUUGGAAUCAUCCGAAGUCCCGGGAGACUCGAAAUCUGCGAGCAUCAAGUCUAGCGCCGAUUCAGAGAUUUUUGAAGAGCUGAAGACUGCAUACAAUGCUUGUAUAGAUGAAUGUACUGUUGCGGAACGUGGAGUCAAGCCUUUGGAAGAUGUCCUAUCUCAAAUUGAGAAAACCUAUCCUACCGGGAAGUCUUCAAGCAGUGACCCAAGGGAGAACCUCACCGAGGUCAUACAGUACCUGGUUGAGAUCGGGGUCGAGGCACUCGUUUCUCCCUAUGUUUCUGCAGAUGAUCGCGAUCCGGAUUCCGUGGCGAUCUUCGUUACACCUCCGCGAGAAAUCGGGCUUCCCACCAGGGAGUACUACAAUAAUACCAAGACUGUGGAGGACUACAAAUCAGUUGUAGAGAGGGUCCUUGCGGGAUUUCACGCCUUGUUCUCCCCUGAUGGGACACCUUCACCGCUGGAUAGCAGCGUGCUCUCUCAGUUGAGUAACGAUAUUAUCACGUUCGAGACUAAACUCGCCAAUGCAACGCCCGAUACUCAAACACAGGAAGAUGUCACACAAUAUUACAAUCCGCGUACCAUCAAGCAGACACAUUCACUACUGCCGGAAAUCUCGUUUUCCGACAUCAUCUCUAGUCUCGCCCCCGAGGGUUUCCAAACCGACCGUCUGAUUGUGGGAUCGCCUUCCUAUAUGAAGGACCUCUCUGCUAUCUUACAGGAAACACCAAGGGCGACGAUCCAGUCUUUUCUCAAGUGGAAGGUUAUCCAGGCCUUUUCGACCGAUGUUGAGGAUCCCAUACUGCAGCCACUCCGGGAGUUUAAUAAUCGACUCCAAGGCAAGGACCCUCAAGCAAAGGAAGAGAGAUGGCGCAAAUGCGUCAGGGCGAUGGAUAAUGGCCUACCCUGGAUUCUAAGUCGUUUCUAUGUCCUUGACGCUUUUCCGGAAGAAUCGAAGAAGCUUGGUGACCAGAUUGUAUCGGACAUAAAGGAACGAUUUAUAUUCACUUUGGAUCAGACUCAGUGGAUGACGGCGGAAGUGAGGAAAUUGGGUAUUCAGAAGGUAGAAAAUAUCGUUCAGAAGAUUGGCUACCCGACUCAGAGCCCCAACGUGUUGGAUCCCGAAAACAUAAAGGGUUAUUACCAGGGACUUAAAUUGUCUGAUGGGAAGUUCUUCGAGAACCAGUUGAACAUCGCAAAGUUCGACGUGCGAAAGCAGUGGUCGAAGUUGGGCAAGCCUACAGACCGCGGGGAAUGGGGUAUGAGUGUGCCGACCGUCAAUGCCUACUACAAUCCUCCUGGCAACGAGAUCGUCUUCCCAGCCGGUAUCAUGCAGAAACCAGUGUUCUAUGGCCCUUCUGCACCACUAUAUUUGUCUUAUGGCGCCUUUGGAGCUGUAAGCGGACACGAGCUAUCCCAUGCUUUCGAUUCCACGGGAAGACACUACGACCAGACAGGAAACUACACGGACUGGUGGGACAAGAAGACUGUUGAAGAGUUCGAGAAACGAGCGCAAUGCUUUAUUGACCAAUACUCGAAUUUCACUGUCCCAGGACCGGAACCAGACUCAGAGCCACUGCAUGUUAACGGCCGACUUACACUAGGCGAGAACAUCGCGGAUGCUGGUGGCUUGACAGCGGCGUAUCACGCAUGGCAGAAGAGAGAUUCUGCUUCGCCUGACCCGAAACUUCCAGGACUGGGUGACUUCACCAAGGAGCAACUGUUCUUUGUUUCGUACGCGAAUUGGUGGUGCAGCAAGACAACAAGAGAAGCGGCUGUGCGUGCGAUCUACAGCGAUCCACACGCUCCUAAGCCAGCGAGAAUCAUUGGCACCAUGGCCAAUUCUCGGGAGUUCAAAGAGGCUUUUAGCUGUCCGAAGAAGGAGCCGGUCUGUAAGCUUUGGUGAUUAGAACAUGUCGAAUACUCUUCCAGAACUAUCGUUCUUUUAGUUCAUUCUAGUCUGUAUCUACAUGAGCAAACCUUGAUAAUGGCAAAGCACCGGAACGAUAUUGAUUCUCUCUUGCAGGUGCAUACCUCACUCCGGUAGUAGCUGCUUCAGUUUGGCUCUUGCUAUUUCAGGUAACGACCAUGUCUGAAUCUAAGGCGCAGAGAG